AUGGAGAAUUUUGACGGCGACGAAGACGACUACUUCUUGUCCGCGUUUUCUCGCUCAAACUCCUCCACCAUGUCGGCUUGGGACUUUCCAUCUGACCUGAACGCAGAGGCGGAGGAAGAGAGAGAGGCGCAGACACCGUCUUCUCGCAGUAACCAUCUUCACUACAGCCCUUCUCUACCCUCUCAUACCGAGCAAGGCAAUAGCGUAUUGCCGCAUGGACCAUUCACCUCGUCUACGCCAUCCAUCUUUGGGCCUCCUCUCAACCAUGGAGCUAUGGCUUCGGCUUCAACUUCGACCUCGACUCCAACUCCAGCGUCGGCUCCAGUCCUUGCCCUUUCUCUAGAGUCCCCUUCAGAGUCCAGGAUACCGACUUUUCCAACGCCUCCUUACCAUCCAAGCGAGCAGUACGCCACAGGGCCUCGCCGUCUUCCUGCAGUGAUCAAGGAUGCCGAUGAUCCUACCUCUUCAGCGCAAUCAUCUGCGCUUAGUCCUCCGAGUCGGCAUUCGCAUACAAUCAAUGCGCUCUCCCGCCUAUUCCAAGCCACCUCGCCUGGCUCUUCGCGAAGCACCUCCUACAUGGUGCCACCUCGACAUCCUUCAGCUUACGUCCGUAGCCGUCAAUCGGAGACCGCUGCCUUGCCAGACCACCUGUACACUCGUGGACUACUAUCUGGGAAACACUCCGACAUCACGGUCAUUGCCUUUGGCCAACGCUAUAAGUUGCAUCGAUUGAUACUGGACCGCUCGCCCUUCUUCGCAACUGCUCUCAGCGAACCUUGGCUUGAGGCGCAAGCUAAAGAGAUGACUGUUCAUCCAGAGGACAUUGAUGCCUCGAUCACGCAAGCUUCUUUCGAACUAGCUCUUAGGCGUCUUUACGGCUGUGUAUCUCCCGAGGAAGCCCAUGAUCCUGCUGGUCUGUUCGCAACUGCGUGCUGGCUUGAGAUGCGUGACUUGGUUGAUUCAUCCAUCGAAUCUAUGCUACGCCAGAUGACCACCCAAUCUCUGUCGCCUCUUAUCAGCCUUGUUACCACCAAUUAUUAUGGACGAGCAGGAGACAAAGUGCUGGCGUCUGCAAAAUCGAUGCUUUGUAGAGACGGGUGGAAAAUGCCUCUGAAGUUCUGGGAUGGGAUCCCAGGUGAUGUUGUUCGCGAGAUUGUUGGCGGUGACGGUUUUUUCAUCGAUGGAGAGUGGGAGCGAUGGCUACUGGCAAAGCGAAUCUUGAAUCGCAGACUCAAGCUUCACGCACUCGCAUCUGGUCUAAUCGAGCCAGGAACUAAGCGGAGAGUCCGGAAGGCGCCCCAAGCGGCCAAUCUGCUCGCUGUGCGGUUUGACGCAGUCUAUCGAAGAACUAGCGUUGGAGCAGGUAGAGUGCACGACGAUCUACAUGCGUGGAUCACGUUGUAUACGUCUCCCGACGUUGAGCCGCUUUUAGUUCUCCUGGAUGAGGGGAUUCACUACAUUCACUUGGACUUUGAGCAACUGCAAAUCAUCCGGGAUUCCAAGGACUGCUUGGGCCUUCCAGUCAUGGCGGAGAAGGUCGUCAGCAAUGYACUGUGGCAGCAAAUGGAAUUAAGACAGAGGGUCACCAAUGCUCGGGAAUCUGAGCUUGUCCUAGGACUCAGCAUGCAGUGCAACGAUGAAACAGAACAGAACGCAGGACGAGAAAGCACCAUGUCGAUAGCCGCCAGCUCAGGCCCCGAGCGCCCGAAAGGAAAGCGCAAGGUGUCCGAAUCGGACGAAAUUGAUGACAUUGAUAGUGGAUCAUGGGACGGUAACGGGAAGCCACGCAAGUUCUGGAUUCCUAGCAGUGACUGCAACAUAGUCAUGGGUGGCAGCGCAGACCCAAUAAUUGCAACAGCAAACAGUACUCAGAAUCACGCCAACAGACUGAGCGCUACUAUCCAUCCAGAAGAUGUUCAGUGGGCAACAGACUUCGCCGCUUCUAGCUCACGCCCUUUGAGCGAGAGUGGUCCAGCAGAGGGCCCAGCAGAGCCCGCGCCCGUGAAUUACACCAAAUAUCCGCCGUUCCGCUUUGCGGCAGAAUUCCCGAACCCCAGACUUCUAAAGGAGAAGAAGCGCGUAUACUCACGAACAGUAUUCUAUUGCGGCAGUUUGUGGAAUAUUUACGUUCAGAGGGUAGCCUCACGCAACAAACAGCUUGGAGUGUACUUGCACCGUGUUGAUAGUGAUGGCUCCGAGAGCGCCGUAGGGACGGAAGACACAGAGCUCACGACAGGCUCCGGAAGCAGCAAUAUGCGCGAUCUGCUUGCACGAGGUCAGCAAAAGUCUGGACAAAUCGAUAUACUGGAUUCGUCACCACCGAGCGCUUCCGAUGGCUUCCGUAGCGCACGAAAUUCCGGCUCGUUUGACGAUUCGGACAGCGAUACAGAAAUAUCCAACGAAGCAGAGCGCUUCGCUGCACUAUCUAGCAAACGCCGUGUACCCACUCUACCGCCUUACGUGGACGCAAGGCCAACCAUCAAAACCUACUUCAAGAUCUACUCGCCAUCCCGGGGUGGAAGAAUGCUGUCGGUGUAUGAAUCGGCUCCGGAUUUGUUCAAUUACGCUCAGUCUUGGGGUUGGAAGAGUAGUACACUAAUGCUUGAUGAAGGUAUGACUGAUGAGGAUGGCGAGGAUAGUGGUGAAACUUUCGGAGAAAAGGAGAGUUCGAGGCGAACCAAGCUAAAAUUCAUGGUUGUCAUUGGUAAUAUUUAG